AUGAGUAAUAUGAAAACGAAACAAACAACACAUUUACUUUCGUUGCCGAAUGAAUUAUUACUCGAUCAUAUAUUUGUUUAUCUUCGUUCAACAGAUCUUCUCUAUACAUUCGGUCAAUUAUGUAAUCGCCGUUUGAAUUGUCUUCUCUGUGCACAUUUUCAUCAUGUUGAUUUAUCAACUAUUGAUACAUCUGCUAUUUCAAUUGAUAAAUGGUUAUCUUACUUAUCGUCUAUAGAAAAGGGAAUUUUAUCUCUUCGAAUUAAUCUUCAUGGUUUUGAUUUAUUACCAUUCUCCCGAUUUUCCAAUACUCACUCGUCUGGAUCUUCAAAUCACGAGUGCAUCACAAAAUUUGUCUCAAAUACGCGUAUUGACUCAACUUCGAACACUUUCGUUUACUUUAACUUCAGNAUAUUUCUACGUGGUCUGAUCGAUUAA